AUGGCAGAGAAAGCCACACAUGAUCAAAAGGCUGGUGUCUACGACAGCUACGACUCUGUAUCACCUUAUCGACAUGGCAGCAUCAUCGCGCCAGACGAGAGUGGUGCUGUUCAUGGAGAGUCAUUCGUUGUCGGGGAUUCCUUGUACGCCAGAUUGCAAAGAUAUGCAGGAAAACUGAGGCUCGAACAAAGAGGCAUCGAGCGUGUGCCCGAAGACGAGCGCACCGACAGGAACGUCUACAAGAUUGGUACAAUGUGGACUGCCGCCAACAUGGUCGUCUCGUCGUUAGCCAUCGGCGUGUUGGCAGUACCAGUCUUCUACCUUGGUUUUGUCGAUGCCCUGCUUACGAUCUUCUUCAUCAACUGCCUAGGUGCACUCCCCGUGGCAUUUUUUUCGACAUUUGGUCCACGGUUCGGUAUGCGACAGAUGAUUCUGUCACGGUUUUGGUUUGGCUACCACGGUGUAAAAGUCAUUGCUGUGUUCAACUGCCUGGCCUGUCUCGGAUGGUCUUCAGUGAACGUUAUUGUCGGUGCUCAGCUCCUACACGCCAUUAACAGCGAUCUUCCAGGAUGGGCAGGAAUCAUCAUUAUUGCAGCUGGCACCUUCAUCAUCACUUGCUUCGGGUACAGAGUUGUGCAUUAUUAUGAGAUGUUCUCGUGGAUCCCAUGCUUGAUCAUCUUCUUGAUCGUGCUUGGAGUCUUUGCUCAUUCUGGUGACUUCUCAAACCUCCCGAUGGGCAGUGGCUCUGUCGAAGCUGGAUCAAUACUCUCGUUUGCCGCCUCUGUUUUCGGCUUCGCCACAGGUUGGACAAGCUAUGCGGCUGAUUAUACGUGCUAUCAACCACGGGAGACCCCUCGAACUAAGAUAUUUUUGUGGGUUUAUGGUGCUUUGGUGUUGACUUUGACCUUCACAGAGGCACUGGGCCUCGCGAUUGCAACUGCCAUUCCUGCAAAUACUGCAUAUUCUGAUGCAUACGCAAACAACCAUAUCGGUGGUCUGCUACACCAGGUCUUGGUACCUCGUCUAGGGUCUUUUGGUUACGUCUGCCUCUGCAUUUUGAGUUUGUCGAUCAUCGGGAACAACUGUCCGAAUAUCUACUCUCUGUCCUUCUCGAUACAAAUUCUCACUCGUCGAGCUCAAUACGUGCCACGCUUUCUAUGGACCCUGAUCGGUACUGUCAUCUAUUGUGCUAUUGCCAUUCCAGGAUACAGCCACUUCGAAUCGGUGCUGGAGAACUUCAUGCUCGUAAUCGCGUACUGGCUCGCGAUUUAUGAAGGUAUUGCUUUGCCAGAGCACUUCAUCUUCAGAGGAGGAUUCACUGGCUAUGCUCCGGAGACAUAUGACCAAGCGGACAAGCUACCUCCCAGCAUUGCAGCUCUAGGAGCAUUUUGCUGUGGCAUCGCAGGCGCUGUAAUUGGAAUGGCUCAGGUAUGGUGGCUGGGUCCGGUCGGUAAGCUCAUUGGUGGCGAGUUUGGUGGCGAUGUUGGAUUUGAGCUGGCUUUCGCCUUUGCAUUUAUCAGUUAUUGUGGUCUGAGGUACCUAGAGAAACGAAGAUUUGGCCGUUAG